GCAGGAGAGGCGUGCGCCAGUCUCUGGCAGGAGGGCGUGGAUCCCGGCGCCAGCCAGAACAGGUCCAGCCUUCUCGCCACCAGUGCCAACAGCGGGAGGGGACAGCCGGGAUCUCCGUGGGCAGACCCGGGUGCGGAUCAGCGGAGACAGCUCGACAAGAAACUCCUGGAUCUGACAGAGCCGCUGGACCCUGCUGUGCCCUCUGCCCACUUCAAGCCAGCUUGGGGAGAAGUUUCCCGGCGGGAAGGUGCCAGCCCAGGUACUGGAGGCGACUCAGGUUCUUCGCAUUUUCUUCAGCUUUAAAUAAAAAGUAGGAGAAGACUGUAAGAUUUUUCAGUCUUUCUGGGCUGUUUCCUCCCUGAAGAGCAAUGGCAAAAAUUUUAAGCGGAGAAAGAAUAAUUCUAUCUCUAAGUUUUCUUUUGUUAAAAUUGUUAUCAGCAAUUGAAAUACCCCUCUCAGUUCCACAGGUUCCAACAAUCACAAAACAGUCAAAAGUGCAAGUUGCCUUUCCCUUUGAUGAAUAUUUUCAAAUAGAAUGUGAAGCCAAAGGAAAUCCAGAGCCAGUAUUUUCAUGGACUAAGGAUGAUAAGCCUUUUGAUCUUUCUGGUGCUCCUAUAAUUGCAUCUAAUAAUUCAGGAACAUUCAAGAUUCCAAAUGAGGGACACAUAUCUCAUUUUCAAGGGAAAUAUCGCUGUUUUGCUUCUAAUAAGCUAGGAGUUGCUAUGUCAGAAGAAAUAGAAUUUAUAGUUCCAAGUGUUCCAAAAUUCCCAAAAGAAAAGAUUGAGCCUCUGGAUGUAGAAGAAGGCGAUCCCAUCGUCCUCCAGUGCAACCCGCCCAAAGGCCUCCCACCUCUGCACAUCUACUGGAUGAAUAUCGAGUUGGAACAUAUUGAACAAGAUAAAAGAGUGUACAUGAGCCAAAAAGGAGACUUGUACUUUGCAAAUGUGGAAGAAAAAGACAGCCGGAAUGAUUACUGCUGCUUUGCUGCAUUUCCAAGAUUAAGGACGAUAGUACAAAAAAUGCCAAUGAAACUAACAGUUAACAGUUUAAAGCAUGUUAAUGACUCAAGGUCAUCCACAGAAAUUAGUUCCAAGGCAAAUUCAAUCAAGCAAAGGAAACCGAGGCUGCUGCUGCCUCCCCCCGAGACUGGCAGUGAAUCUGCCGUCGUCAUCCUCAAAGGAGAGACCUUGAUGCUGGAGUGUUUCGCGGAGGGCUUGCCAACUCCACAGGUUGAAUGGAACAAAUUGGGUGAUGAUUUACCAAAGAGAAGUGAAACAAAAGAAAAUCACGGCAACACAUUGAAGAUAGAAAACAUCUCCCAUCGGGACAAAGGAAAUUAUCGCUGUACAGCUAGCAAUUUCUUGGGAACAGCCAGUCAUGAUUUUCAUGUCAUAGUAGAAGAGCCUCCUCGCUGGACAAAGAAACCUGAGAGUGCCGUGUACAGCACGGGGAGCAGUGGCAUCCUGCUUUGUGAGGCUGAUGGCGUGCCACAGCCCACAAUCCAGUGGAAAAUCAACGGGUCCCCAGCUGACAAUCAUCUGUUUGCGGGUGAUGUUGUCUUCCCCAGGGAAAUUAGUUUUACCAACCUACAUCCAAAUCAUACUGCUGUGUACCAGUGUGAAGCCUCAAAUGUUCAUGGGACUAUCCUUGCCAAUGCCAAUAUUGAUGUUAUAGAUGUCAUUCCACUGAUACAAACUAAAGAUGAAGAAAAUUACGCUACGGUGAUUGGCCACAGUGCUUUCCUACAUUGUGAAUACUUUGCUUCACCGGAGGCAGUUGUGACUUGGCAGAGAAUGGAUGAAGCACAACCUCUUGAAGGUGGUCGGUACCGUAUCCAUAAAAAUGGUACAUUAGAGAUCACUAGGACCACCGAAGAAGAUGCAGGAUCGUAUUCUUGUUGGGUAGAAAAUGCUAUCGGAAAAACUGCCGUCAUCGCCAAUUUAGAUAUUAGAAAUGCUACAAAACUUAGAGUUUCUCCUAAGAAUCCUCGGGUCUCCAAAUCACACAUGCUUGAAUUAUAUUGUGAAAGCAAAUGUGACUCUCAUUUGCAACACAGUUUGAAGCUGUCUUGGAGUAAAGAUGGAGAGGAUUUUGAAAUUAACGGUACAGAAGAUGGCAGGAUAGUUAUCGAUGGAGCUAAUCUCACUAUUUCUAAUGUGACUUUAGAGGACCACGGUAUUUAUUCGUGUUUGGCUCACACUGCUCUCGAUAGCAUUGCUGAGAUAACUCAAGUAACUGUCCUUGAUGUUCCAGAUCCACCAGAAAAUCUUCACUUGUCUGAAAGACACAACAGGAGUGUUCGGCUGUCCUGGGAAGCUGGCGAUGACCACAACAGCAAUAUUACUGAAUAUAUUGUGGAAUUCGAGGGAAACAGAGAAGACCCUGGAAGGUGGGAGGAAUUGACUAGAGUCCAAGGAAAGGCAACAACAGUCUUGCUAAGGCUAGCUCCGUAUGUGAGAUACCAGUUCCGAGUCAUCGCUGUGAAUGAGGUGGGGAAGAGCCGCCCUAGCCAGCCCUCAGUCCAUCACCAGACACCACCAGCAGCUCCAGACAAGAAUCCACAGAACAUAAGGGUUCAAGCUUCUCAACCCAAGGAAAUGAUUAUAAAAUGGGAGCCUUUGAAAUCCAUGGAACAGAAUGGGCCAGGGCUGGAGUACAGGGUGAGCUGGAAGCCACAAGGAGCCCCCGUGGAGUGGGAAGAGGAAACGGUUACAAACCACACGUUGCGGGUUAUGACGCCCAGUGUCUAUGCUCCUUAUGAUGUCCAAGUUCAAGCCAUCAAUCAGCUUGGCUCCGGACCUGAGCCUCAAUCAGUGGUUCUGUAUUCUGGAGAAGACUAUCCUGAUACUGCACCAGUGGUUGUUAGUGUGGAUAUUAUAAACAGCACAUUAGUUAAAGUUACCUGGUCAACAAUUCCAAAGGACAGAGUCCAUGGACAUCUGAAAGGAUAUCAGAUAAAUUGGUGGAAAACAAAAAGUCUGUUGGAUGGAAGAAUACAUCCCAAAGAAGUAAACAUUCUGAGAUUUUCAGGACAAAGAAACUAUGGGAUGGUUCCUUCUCUAGAUGCUUUUAGUGAAUUUCACUUAACAGUCUUAGCCUAUAAUUCAAAAGGAGCCGGUCCAGAAAGUGAGCCCUAUAUAUUCCAAACACCAGAAGGAGUACCUGAACAGCCAAGUUUCCUUAAGGUCAUCAAAGUUGAUAAAGAUACAGCUACGUUAUCCUGGAAUCGACCUAUGAAGCUAAAUGGAAACUUAACUGGAUAUCUAUUACAAUACCAAAUAAUAAAUGACACAGAUGAGAUUGGGGAUUUAAAUGAAAUCAAUAUUACAACUCCAUCGAAGUCUAGCUGGCAUCUCUCAAACCUCAAUGCAACUACCAAGUACAAGUUCUAUUUGAGGGCUUGUACUUCAAAAGGCUGUGGGAAACCAGUCACCGAGGAAAGUGCCACAUUAGGAGAAGGGAGUAAAGAUAUCAGGAAGAUAUCAGAAGGAGUAAAUCUUACUCAAAAGAUUAACCCCGUAGAGGUAUCUGAGCCGGGAGCGGAACACAUAGUUCACCUAAUGACUAAGAAUUGGGGUGAUAACGAUAGCAUUUUUCAAGAUGUAAUUGAGACAAGAGGGAGAGAAUAUGCUGGUUUAUAUGAUGACAUCUCCACUCAAGGCUGGUUUAUUGGAUUGAUGUGUGCAAUUGCACUUCUCACACUAAUAUUGUUAACUGUUUGUUUUGUGAAGAGGAACAAAGGUGGGAAGUAUUCAGUAAAAGAAAAGGAGGACUUGCACCCAGAUCCAGAAAUUCAGUCAGCUAAAGAUGAAACUUUUGGUGAAUACAGUGACAGUGAUGAAAAGCCUCUCAAAGGAAGCCUUCGCUCCCUCAAUAGGAAUAUGCAACCUACAGAAAGUGCUGACAGCUUAGUCCAGUAUGGAGAGGGAGACCAUGGACUUUUCAGUGAAGAUGGAUCAUUUAUUGGAGCUUACGCUGGAUCAAAGGAGAAGGGAUCUGUUGAAAGCAAUGGGAGUUCCACAGCGACAUUUCCACUCCGGGCAUAAACACAACACAUGCAAACAACAUUGAUGGCUCAACCCAACUUUUCAUAUUUCUCUGUUCAAGGAAGCAUUUCAUGUAGGAAUAGAUACAUGUUGGCAGAUUGAUAUCCUGAAAUUAUGUUGACAGUAGCACUGACUUCAAAAACUAAAACAGCAGCCUUAUCAGGCCUAUGUUUUGUUUUUGUUUUGGUUUGGUUUUCAGGUGCUCCAAAUGCAGAGCACAAAACAAAUUCUGUAUUUAGACACACUUCUCAAUUCCAAGUACCUAUUUGGCCUGUUCCGUAUCUGCCUGGUGUUAACUACACAGUGUGUAUGCAUAGGUGUCGCUAUGCUGUGGGUUUAUCUCUGUAUGCACAUUUGUAUUCGGUCUCUGAACUCUUUUAGUGACUUUGCUUCACUACAGGUUAAAAGAUUGUAAGCAAACUGGCUAUUUAAAAUGUAAAAAGGAAUGUGAAUGUCUUAUUAAAAUAUUGCAUUGCAUACAUACAGUCUAAAUUUAUUAUUUAAUUUUUUUCUUAGAAGUCUUAGGUAAACAAUCAACUACUAUUUAUUGAACCCCUAACUAAUUGCCCAGAGUUAUUAAUGUUUAAACAGAGUUAUGCUUUUUUUAUUUCAACACGAAUUUUUAAUUUUAUCAGUUAUGACACCCAUAACCAACUUCCUUUCCCCCCCCCUUCUAUUAACACAAGUUGCAAAGAGAGUGGUGUUCAAAGCAUCAUUUUAUGAAAGACAGGAAUAAAGUGCCAAUGGUUGGAUUCUAAUAGGUUUAUCUAUUUAAUAUCUUUCUUUCUAAAUUCAUUGCUUUUAUUUCUUUGUAUGUUUAUAUGAUGGUAUACUUGCAUAUAUUUCAUGAAUGCAUUGUACAUAUGAUGUUGAUAUUUACACAAUUUAAAAUAUAGAUGUGUUUUAUUUUGAAGUGUGAGAAAGAAUCACCAAUGGGUAUGAUUGUACAGCUCCAGUUCAUCAUUCUUUGGCUUCAGACAGUAACAAACCAAACUGAAGACUGUAUAAAUCAUUUGGAUUUUGUUCCUAUAUUACUUUUAUUGACAGUAUCAAAGUAAAUUAUUAUAUAAAUAUUGAGGGAAAUUAUUUCAUAUUUUUCAAAAUACAGUUUUUUUUUAUUGAGUGUACUCUUAUCCCAGCCAUAAUAAAGAAAUCUGUUUCUAAUAGCAA